UACCGUUGCAAACCUACGUGUAGACUAACUUAACCUCUCGUCACCAACUGACCAGACCAAUGGAUGCUUUUCCUUAAAUAGAUGUGUUUGGUUAACACGAAGCCACGAGCCGUAGCGACGGUCAACUGCCCGAGCAUUCAUGCUAGCUUGAGUUCAGCUAGCCUCCAUCGUUAGCACAGCUCCCAUCUGGCUAAACUCGGCACCCUUGGAUGUAAACACUGGCACGCCCACCCUGCCCUCGCUGCGAUGGAUGACAUCAACGUACUGCACCACAGAUGCCUCCUGAAUCUGAGACGUCGGAUCAGAGAUAUUGGGGAUGGGCGCCCUGCACAGGAACGAUGCAUGAGGUUGCAGAAGGAGGGAGACACACUCAGUUACCAAGGGAACUCUGAAGAGGUCGGUUGCUAUGUGGCAGGGCGUCCUUUAUCAAAAGGAAAUUGCUACUUUGAGGUGACAAUAGUGGACACAGGGGUCAGGGGUACCAUUGCCGUGGGCCUGGUGCCCAACUUCUACAGGCUGGACCACCAGCCUGGCUGGCUGCCACACUCUGUAGCUUACCAUGCUGACAACGGCAAAUUAUACAAUGGCAACCCUGUUGGACAGCAAUUUGGGCCAAAGUGUGCUCGCGGUGACCGCAUUGGCUGUGGAAUACACUCGGAAAACGUUGAAGCCGGUUUCACCGUUGUCUUUUUCACCAAAAAUGGCAAAGAGGUGGGAUCCGUGGAGGUUCCCGUGUCUGCAGAGGGGCUGUUCCCAGCGGUGGGGAUGCACUCCAUGGGGGAGGAGGUGAAGAUUGACCUGAAGGCAGAGUCGUUCCUGGAGGAAGAUGAUAGUAUGAUGAUGGUGGACAGCCAUGAAGAUGACUGGGGGCGGCUUUUCGACGUCAGUGUUAGCGGCACGCUCCUGGAGUAUGUUGGCAAAGGAAAGAGCAUCAUGGACGUAGGUUUGGCCCAGGCCCGCCAGCCACUCACCACCCGCUGCCACUACUAUGAAGUGGAGAUUGUUGAUGCUGGGGAGAAGUGCUACAUCGCCCUGGGCCUGGCGAGAAGGGACUACCCCAGAAACAGACACCCGGGAUGGAGCCGGGGAUCGGUGGCGUACCACGCUGAUGAUGGCAAGAUCUUUCACGGCAGCGGCGUUGGAGACGCGUUCGGUCCUCGCUGCUUCAAAGGUGACAUCAUGGGCUGCGGCAUCAUGUUCCCACGAGACUACAUCAUGGAUGGAGAAGGUGACGCGGGCGACUGGGGCGGCCUGGAGGUCCGGCCGUGUCCGGCCGCAGUCCAGAACGUCCUGUACCUCAACGAGGAGGAAGAGGAAGACGGGGAAGAGGUGGAGCAGGGACAGGAGGGCCAGAACGUCACGGUGUUCUUUACAAGGAACGGGAAGCUGAUGGGCCGGAGGGAGGUGGGGGUCCCUCCCGGGGGCCUCUACCCCACUGUUGGGAUGCUGAGCAGCGGGGAGAAGGUCAAAGUGGAUUUGCGUCCCCUCAGCGGAUGAGCGGUGCACGUGAGCCUGGACUUGUGAUGCCCUGCACACACAGCUGGCUGCGCUGCAAAGAUCACCCACGACGGCCCGCCGCGCUGCCGGCGUCUCGCUGGCGUCUCCGGCGCUGCUUCUGCUUUUAUUUAUAAGACCUGUACAUUGUCACACUUUCACAAAGGGAUGCUCCUCCUGCUCGUAAAGGGGCAGAGAGGCCUCGCCUGAGCUGUGUAAGUCACAGCAUGCAGGUGUAGACGCCUGCACCUCGUAGCUGAUAGAUAUUUAACCGUUAAGUCUAUGCAAUCUGUACCGCCAUCGUCCUCACGUCUAACCCAGCUCUGCAUGCGGAGUGUGUGUCCGAGACGCUGAGCCGUUAAACCACCUCUCGUGAGGUCUGGCGCACUUUGUUUAUUCCAUUUGUCCCGACCCCAAGCAGAGCGAGGCCAGCAGUCCGUUGCUGGUUUGUGUUCUCUCUCUCUCUCUCUCUCUCUCUCUCUCUCUCUGAGUGAGGCUGCCCUCGUGUGAGUGAUCAGGGACCUGCUAUUGCUUCGACCACGUCUGUUGGUUAACUGAUGCAAUAUUUCCCAAAUGCAUCCGCGCUCGUUUUUUCUUGAGAAUCGUAUGAGGGUUAUUGAACGUUUGGCAAUCACAACGCGACAUAAGAUGCUGUUACUGAGCAGCGUCCGUUCAGGAGUUUUCUGUUGGAGCCAGAUUCCAGAAAACAACAAGUCAGGUAUAUUUUCAUCCAAAUACACGUUUGAGGUUAUCUGCAUUUAGAGUUCAGGGAAUGCGUUUUGAUUUCGCUCUUUUAGGGCAGACGUGAAUUCAGUGGGUGGGUCAAAAUGAAUAAAACCCCAUCUUCCAGUAUGAUGCAGUCCGAUGCAGCAGCACGGCCAUCAGCCACGGAAAGUAACCAGAGGCGUGUAUCCAUCAGGAAAAUAUCACUCUGCAAACUCAGUUGAAAUCAAAGUUGACUCAAAUUCUUUACCAUUAUGUUAGAACAAUCAUUUAAGAGAAUAAGGAGGCCCCCUGAAAUGAUUGAUUCAUCUUUGCUAGAAGAUUUCCUCUCUGGAUGUUUAUUUUGAAGAUCGAGACGACGUUUGGUUGCUGUUUGUGUGUUGUUGUGUGUCUGCGCAGCUUUCGGCAGCAGCACCAGAGGUCUGUUUCACAAAGCCACAUGUACGCGAUUUAGCAAUGUCACUGGGCUGGUGCUCAAUCUCAAUGCUGGCUCCCUUUUAACCUGGUCAGACCAUCGUGAUCAAUCGUUCAGUUUAUAAACAAAAUGAAAUGUUGAGAAUACCAACCAACACAACCAGUUUGAUAAUUGAGUAAUAGCCUCAGCCAUUUUAGAUUUUAAGAAAUGUAUAAAUAAGCCAAAUAUUUGCUGUUUACUAUUUCUGUAUUUUGGUUUUUGAUGAUGAUCAAUUGAUUAUCAGUUACAAUGAUCCGGAUUCAGAGUAGAAAAUGUUGUGUGAAGUGUUUUGUUUACAUAAUAGCAGCACUGCUAAAUGCUAAACUAUCGUGUGCUUCUACACAAAGUCUAAGAAAAGCUGUGGCUGUCUCAAUGCUGCAGAGAAGUUCAGCCAAACCACACGGCGGGUUUAACCCAUCGACUUAUGGAGGAAGAGCAAACAUACACACUUCUGGGUUUACAAACUCAUUCCUCAUCACUUAAUGGCCCACUCAGUCCUAGCUGUAUUAGUCAACACCGCUUAGCCCGGGUCACAAUGUUAUGCGCCGUUAAACCCGCCACAGACAGAACUUCACGACGCAGACCUCCGAGCCAAAGCAAUUGUUCAGGUGAACGAGAAAUACUGUAAAGUUUAUUGUAUCCUGUCGGUGGGAACUGGUUUCCACUCAAAUUAUUCUGAUUAAUGUGAACGAAGGGAAUGAUAAUCAUUAUUAUAUUGCAUCGGCUAAAAUUCCUCUGCAUCUUUCUGCAUGUGGUUUCAUAUAGUACAACAUAAGCAGCGCUGCAACAUGAACUAAACCUCAUAUUCCUUCACCUGAGGUGCUUACGCCAGGUUUGUUUUGUUCAUGCUGCAGAUAGUGAUUCUAGAAAUACAUUGUACACAGGGUUACCUAUUAAAUCACAAAUCUGCUGGAGAUUGUUUCGUUGCAGUUGUCAUGCAUCUUGUUUUAGAGCCACUGAUGUAAACACUGUGUAUAUAUAAACAUAUUAAUCUGUCAUUCUUUUCCUGCAGGGCUGGAUAGACUGAUGUUGAGGUUGUUACAUUCUGAACUGUUAAACUUAUUAUGCUAGACUGCAAAGAUUUUAAUCAGACAUGUGUACAUUUAAGCCACGUCCAAGUUCAGGGUAUUAAAGUGUACUCCAAAUCUGUUUACAAAAGAAAAAAUGUUCAACCAAAUUACAGCUGAAUGUUUUCAUAGCAUCUCUACUCACCAAGGAAAUCUGUAAUAAUUCCUUGCCUUGAGUUGCACUACAAUUACCUUGUUCAGUACAUGUAAGAUCAUCAAUAAAGGUUUCAGUAAUGUAA